AAAUCCGAAAAACUUGCCCGGUAACUUACGGGAGCUCAAGAGCUCCCGUUAACUUACCGGGAAUUACUUUUAAUGCGAUAAUUGAUACUCAAAACGAUGUUUUUCCUUAAUAUUUUCAACUGAAUUUAUAGAUCAACUAUUCAUCUAGAAUUGGCCAAGUUGAACUAUCCAAUUUGGUGCAUUUUUCUGAUUAAAUCUCGCCAUUUUCAAGUUGUGUCGAUUUGUAGUGAAUUUUCAUCACUUGUGGAAACCAUAUCACUGCCCGGAAAGAAGUGGGCCAAUCACGGCUAACAUCACUUUAUGGGAUUCCCUACCAGCCAAUCAGGUUUCUUUUCUGUCAAAUGAUUUGACAUUUAGCUGUCACCGUGCGCCUAAAAAAUGUAAACAACUUUGCGAAGGUUUGUUUUGCUACAAAAUGUAGUAUAACAGCCUGAGUAUAGUAGUAGUAUAACAAAUGUGGCAGGUUAUUACAAAUGUGCCUCAACAACAUGUCUUCGAUUUAGAGAGAAUUAGUAAACGAUGACCUUUUGCAUUGGCCGUAGGGAGAACACUCUAGAUUGUUCUUGCGGCAGGAGCACUAAAAGUUCUACUGCAGUCCUGGAGGACUCUCUAUCGACUUGAUAAAAUAUUGAAACUUGGAACUGUUGAACAUGGCUGCUGCUGAAGUUGGGGAUACAUUUUGUGGCUCUCUUAGCUCUGUUAACAGCUGCCUGUACGCGGAUGUAGGGUGAGGAGACAAGCUUCAUAAUUCAUGGAAGGUGGUAUCGGCACAACCAAGAAGCACACGGAUAAAGAGCAAAAAAUAAACUAAGAAAUAGAAAUUUUAAAAAAUGUAACUUUUCCCUAGCUGAUAUUUCACGGUCGUCAUUCCCCCCAUCUUCGAGUCGAUUGGGAUUUUGGCUCAGGUAGAUGUCAUGGGCUUCCAUACGGAAGUAUCGUCACCAAUAGGAGCGGUGAUGCUAAUCGUGUGGACGAUUUUACCGCAGCUUUCCAAAUAAGCAAUCAUAUCAUCGAUUCGUCAUCGCUUACGUGUCCAUUUUGCCACAACCGCUUGACCUCGGGUACUUGUUCAUUAUUUGAAUACAAUUCUGCUUGUUUUUCUUUUUUGCCUAAACACUACCUUUUCUUAUAGGGACCGCCAUGUUUUAAAAAGUUUUUUUUCUGUCAACACCACGAAACAGUUACAGUAGGAAUUUCAAUCUUCGUGAGAUGUGUCGUCUUCCUUGGGCCAGAGUAUUCAAAAUGUUGUUCAAGAUCUUCUGGGGAGGAGCUAGAAUUGAGCUGUGUUAAUGCGCACGGCCGAUUGCGAAGUUGUGCUAUCUGCUAACAAGAUGCCUUCUCCGGUCAUUUUAGCGGUAUAAACAUUAACUGCGCUGUCGGCUUAGACACCCGUGCAGGUGUUUUUAAGUGUAGGGUCUUACAAAAAAGGGCGAUCUUUCCGCAAGAACUAAAAGGUCUAAAAGGGUUGAAUGUCUACAAGCAUCGUGAUGGUGACAAAAUUUUUACUUUUUGAUAGGAUAAGCCUGAGACUGUGUCUGGGGUACUGCAUUUACAAUCACACUUAAUAAUUAUAAUUGAAAGCAGGGUUGUAGAAAGAUAACAAUAAACUUGAGAUCGACGCAAACUAAUGAUAAUAAUUACAUAAUGUGCUUGAUUCUCCUUCCAAAAAAAAACCUGUGGAUUUUGCCCAAAAUAGAUUAGCUAUAUCAGAUAACGUUGAUUUUUAUCCAAGUCAUGUAAAAAUAUAUAUUUCUCAUCAUUUAUAGUGGUAUAAAUUAGUAUGUAUAUUUUUCGUGAUUUUCAUGAUUAAGGAUCCCUGUGGUUUUUGUACAAACCUUGUAUUGGGAAAUUUGAUGCGGGUUUUCGGGGUGUUUGCGUGCUCCGAUCUUUUUUUACCCUGGUUCCAGAGCCUCGUGCGUCCCUCUAUUUAGUGGCCAGCGAGGUUGAGACGUAUGUUAUAAAGGGAGACUUAAUUAAUACAAAAACGUUGAAAAAACCUUGUGUUGCAAUCAGUCCGAUCUCAAACCGUAGAUUGACUGGGCUGAACAGCAAAAGUCAAAUAAUGCCGUAGAUUUUUUUUACGGCGAAAGGCCGCGUGUAAUCUGAAACCCUAGUGAGAAGAACCUCAUUGUUUUCCUAACAUAGAAGAAAAAUCAUGAAAGAUCGAGAUCAUCACCGACAAGAAAUUAUCAGUCACAUCCUCCAAUAAAUUUCAAUACACACACUGCUUUUACAAUUUUGAAAUAUCUUUCGCGCUUCCCGUUAAAAAUCAUCAGAGAUUGUUACAUAAUCGUCCGAAAAUAACAGGUAACAAUGCCGCGUUAAUUGGAUUCCAUGAUUCCAAUGGAAGGUGCUGAGCUGACUUGCAUCAAUCAGUCUCACCUGCGUCCAUGUCACCAGUGCAAAUAUAUCAAAGACGUCAUAAAAUAUGUAAGCCAUUUUAGAUGUGUUUUUGCAGUAUCAUUCACGGAAGUUAUAGUCUUUCUCCUCGAUUUCGAUGGCCUUUGUCAUCAGGUCAAAACAUUUUACUACUACUACUACUAUUACUAAGUAUUCUUAAUUGCAGAGAAAUAAUCUUUUCGUCUGCUCGCCGUUAAGCCAUAUGAAGGGCCUGGAACUGCUGUUUUCGCAUGUUACUGCUUUUCUACUGCUACGUUGUUCAGAUGGGUCAACCGCACCACUUAGAAGUGAAUGCGUUAAAGAGAGCAAGUUUGAAAACCCUGUUCAUGGGAAGUCCCUUGCCAAUCACAUGAUUUCGUCAGUGCUCGUCGAUUCGCAAGUAGACUGUGCCAUCGAAUGCGUAGGACAUGACAGCUGCCAAUCAUUUAACUACCAAUCAGAAAGCAGCGAUUUACAUCAAUGUGAGCUGAACAACGCAUCUACCAGCUCAAGUGAAGCCUUGAAUGAACGGGAACAAUUUUCAUACUACGGCCCGACAACCCCUGGUGUGUGCGCAUCGUCCCCAUGCCGUUAUGGCGGAACCUGCGUCAGGUCCUGCGAUGAUUACGAAGAGUACGAGUGCUUCUGCCCGAAGAAUUUUAUUGGUCGUCAAUGUGAGACUUAUAUUGAAAAGUUCGACUUGGCCUUUCCAAGACAAAGCAUUGCGGAUUACGCUGUUCUUAAUGUAUCCAGCAGCUUAUUUACAUCAUUCACCGCGUGCAUUUGGCUAAACACGACAUUCGCUUCUGACGACCCCAUUAUCCUGUUUUCGUAUGCAGAGCAGGCGAAACCGCACCAAAUCCGCGUUGGUUGUAAAGAAAGCAUGAAAAAGUGUCAUCUGAUGGUUGACAGAGUUGCGAAUUUCGUAGAAGUAGAUUCCUUGGCUGACGGUCAAUGGCAUCAAGUGUGUAUCAAGUGGAACAGCACUGACGGCAAAUGGGCGUUCUACGUCGACGGCGCUAAGCGUGGUCACGGAUCAAACUUCAAAGUCGGAUACGCAUUCCAAGGCAAAGGAAAACUGGUACUAGGUCAGAGACAAGACUCUUACGGCGGCAAUUUCGCAGAGGGCAAAUCUUAUGUCGGUGCUCUGAGUCAGUUCCACAUGUGGGAUGGCGUGGCUACUGAUCACGUGAUCAAGGAACGCUCACGAGCAUGCGCAGUAGAGAGAGGAGAUCUCAUAUCCUGGAGGGAAUUCAACUUUGAUAGUUACCAUGGUGACGUCAAGAUGGUUUUCCCAUCAGGCUGUCGAUCACGAGGUAGGAAUGCAGCUAUCAGCCAUUUUUCACUUUUUGGAGCAAUAUCAAGCUAAACCCAAAAAAUCAUGUUCAAACGAGUAGUGAUUUUUGUGUCAUUUCGAAACACUAACAUUACCAUAACAUAA